AUGUUCUCCGCGCGUCGCACCGUCCGGCCGGCCAGGAGCCUGUGCCGAUGGGAACCGGUUCAGAAUGGGAAACGGCUUACAGAUCUCGCCAAUCGCACUUCCAGGGCACCCUUCUCGACGAGUCACCGGUGCGGCGUUCCUUUGCCAGUGCGCAAGGCUCCACCUUCUUUCGCCAAAGCCAGAUUCUCCCGCAUGGAAGUUCCUCAACUCGCGUUCUUCGAGGAUGCAGCAAAACCAUCACUUGCGUCGGGUCUAGACCCACAGGAGUGCUUUCGGUCCGCACAUGCCUAUGUCGACCUCGCUGUCGCCGACAACCCCGGAUGGCGCGACAGCCUGAGGGAUCCUCCUCAUUCGCUCUCCUACGCCACCCUGCAUUACAUAGCCGUCAUGAUCAUGAAUGGCCCCCCCGGGCCGGCAUUUAACAUUGCUACCCACAUAUACCACACGUUGACCAUGGCCAAUUAUGCGCCUUCGAUUCUGACAGUGGUCCGACUCGCUCUGAUGAGAAAGAUGCUUGGUCAGCCGCAGUUCAGCCAAGCGCAGGACAAGUUCACGUUGAUGGCACUGCGAAAGGAUGACCCCAACGCAUGCACUCUUCAAGGCCUCAUAUUGUCGGCCAAAACGACACCAGAGACGGACAGGGAGGCGCUGCAGUGGUUUCGCACAGCUGCUUCCCUCGCAGGAGAGGAGCCUGGAGCGUGGGAGUGGCAGGCAAGCUGUGCAUUGGAAAUGGGUAAAAUAUACCUCAGAUUAAAACAGAACGAUCGAGCGAAGGCUAUCUGGAGGUACUGUGCUCAAGAUUUGGAUAUUGCGGAAGGAUGCUGGCUGUAUUCCACUUUGCUUGAGCCUUCGGACCCGGAGAAAUACGUCAUGGUCCGCAAAGCAGCGGUUUCUGGCAUCCCACAGGCAGCUCAAGAGAUGGCCAUACUCGAUGAUCCCUCCGUAGAGGGAUCAGAAGGAGGAGGAUCAAGUUCGUGGGAUAUAAAAGCGUCUAACGUGUUUAAGAAAGAAUGGCAGGCGAUUGCUGGGGCCUGA